AUGCUGCGGCAAGUGAUCCACGGAGGUCUGAAGGCGUCCUUCUACUGGCUGGGCUUGUUCGUCAGCAGACACCCCGUCUUCUUCCUCACCGUGCCCGCCGUGCUCACCAUCAUCUUCGGAUCCACGCUGCUCAGCAGGUUCCGGCCGGAGACCGACCUGGAGCGGCUGGUGGCGCCCACCCACAGCCUGGCCAAGAUCGAGCGCAGCCUGGCCAACAGCCUCUUCCACGUCGACCAGUCCACGCACCGCCUCUACUCCGACCUGCACACGCCGGGCAGGUACGGCCGCCUCAUCCUGCAAGCCAAGUCCGGCGGGAACAUCCUGGAGCUGGCCGAGCAGGUGCUGCGCGUCCACCGGCGGGUGCUGGAGCUGCGGGUGUCCUACCAGGGCUUCAACUACACCUUCGCCCACCUCUGCGUGCUCGGCCACGGCGACAAGAAGUGCCGCCUGGACGACAUCGUCUCCGUCCUCCAGGACAUCCACCAGGCGGUGCUCGCCAACAGCUCCUUCAGCAAGGUGCUCGUCAGCUACCCCAACACCACCCUCAAGGAUGGCCGAGUGUCCUUUAUUGGCCACCAGCUGGGAGGCGUGUCCUUCUCCCCCAAUAGCCGGGAUCAGCAGGUCAAGUUUGCACGAGCUGUCCAGAUUACCUACUACCUCCGCAACAACGGACCGGCGGUCCAGGAUGCAAUCGCAGAGGUCUGGGAAAAUGAGUUCUGCGCCCUGGUCAGUCGGCUGUCCACAGCCGGGGCUCCCCACGGACCCGACCAACUCCUGAUUCAGUCCCUCACGUCCUUCAGCCUAUGGCGGGACUUCCAUCAGACCGGCGUGCUGGCCAAAGGCGAGGUGUUGGUUAGUCUGGUGUUGGUCCUCCUGGCGGCCACCAUAUCCAGCUCCAUGCGGGACUGUUUGAGGGGGAAACCCUUCCUGGGACUCCUGGGGGUGCUGACCAUCUGCAUCGCCAACGUGACCGCCGCAGGGAUCUUCUUCAUAUCGGAUGGGAAGUUCAACUCCACACUUCUGGGGAUUCCGUUCUUCGCAAUGGGCCACGGAACCAAGGGGGUGUUCGAGCUCCUGGCCGGCUGGAGGAGAACUAGGGAAAACCUGCCUUUCAAGGAGCGUGUGGCCGACGCCUUUGCCGACGUGAUGGUGUGCUACACCAUGACCAGCUCUCUCUACAUCAUCACCUUCGGCAUGGGAGCCAGCCCCUUCACCAACAUCGAGUCGGUGAAGAUCUUCUGCCAGAGCAUGUGCGUGGCCAUCUUGGUCAACUACUUCUACGUCUUCUCCUUCUACGGAUCCUGCCUGGUGUUCGCCGGACAGCUGGAGCAGAACCGCUACCACAGCGUUUUCUGCUGCAAAAUCCCCUCGGUGGAGUACCUGGACCGCCAGCCCACGUGGUUCAAAACCAUGAUGAGCGACGGCCACGACCUGUCCACGCACCACGACAGCGUGCCGUACCAGAACCACUUCAUCCAGCACUUCCUGCGUGAACACUACACCGAGUGGAUCACCAACACCUACGUCAAGCCCUUCGUGGUCAUUCUCUAUCUCAUAUACGCUUCCUUCUCAUUCAUGGGAUGUUUACAAAUCAGUGACGGCUCCAACAUCGUCAACCUUCUGGCCAGCAACUCUCCCAGCGUGUCCUACGCGCUGACUCAGCAGAAGUACUUCAGCAACUACAGCCCCGUGAUCGGCUUCUACAUCUACGAGCCCAUCGAGUACUGGAACGCCACGGUGCAGGAGCACCUGAAGAUGCUGAGUCACGGCUUCAACAAGAUCUCCUGGAUGGACAACUUCUUCCACUACCUGCGGGUGGUGAACGUGAGCGCCUCCACCAAGAGCGACUUCAUCAGCAUUCUCCGAGGCUCCUUCCUGCAGAGCCUGGAGUACCAGCACUUCACGGAGGACAUCAUUUUCUCCAAGAACCGCGACACCAGCGAGUACGACAUCAUCGCCUCGCGCAUGUAUUUGGUGGCACGUAUUACGGAGAAGAAGCGCGAGGAGGUGGUGGAGCUUCUGGAGAAGCUCCGCCCGCUGAUGCUGAUCAACAGCAUCAAGUUCAUCGCCUUCAACCCGACCUUCGUGUUCAUGGACCGCUACAGUUCCUCCGUCAUCUCUCCCAUCCUCACCUCGGGCUUCAGUGUGCUCACCAUCCUCAUCCUCACGCUCUUCCUGGUCAUCAACCCCUUGGGGAACUUCUGGCUCAUCCUCACCGUCACCUCGGUGGAGCUGGGCGUCCUGGGUUUGAUGACUCUUUGGAAUGUUGGCAUGGACAGCAUCUCAAUCCUGUGCCUUAUUUAUACCCUCAACUUCGCCAUGGAUCACUGUGCGCCGCAUCUCUACACCUUUGUGCUGGCCACCGAGCACACCAGGACUCAGUGCAUCAAGCUGGCACUGGAGGAGCACGGGGCGGCUAUCUUGCAGAACACGUCUUGCUUCGUGAUCGGGAUCAUGCCUUUGGUGUUUGUGCCUUCCAACCUGACCUACACGCUGUUCAAGUGCUCGCUGCUGACGGCCGGCUGCACCGUGCUCCACUGCUUCGUCAUCCUGCCCGUCUUCCUCACCUUCUUCCCACCGUCCAAGAAGAGACACAAGAAGAAGAAACGGGCCAAGCGGAAAGAGCGGGAGCGGGAACGGGAGGAGAUAGAGUGCAUCGAGGUCAGAGAGAACCCCGACCACGUGACUAAUGUCUGAGUCGGCAUGUUUGCAGCCAAUCCUGGUGGGCUUAUGUCGAGUAGCGGGGGACGACGAUACAGGUGCCGCGCAAGACGCCUGGUCGCGAGUAGAGUGCCGCCCAUUGGACACCCAUUCAGUCUUGACAGUGUGCCUGGUUCUACUCCCGGGCUUACAAGAGACUAUAGGUUACGUACGCACGGUCUGAACAUACAGUCGCUUGCGCUAUGGGAAAUAUUAGAGUCUCCGGCAGCCCUUAACGCCACUAGCUGGAGGGUCAAAGCAGUCGGUGAGGCCAAGACCAGGUCGGGUCAAUGGAAGACAACAUCAUUCAUCCAUUGAAGCUAAUGAACAUCUGCUUAGAAAGCCAAAAAGACCAGCGUUGAUUUGCUGAUGCUAACUGAGGCGCUAGCAAGUGUUGCAAACAUUGGCCUCCAUUUGCUCAUUUCGAAUAACACACGGCUUGGCGGUGGGUGUGGGCGUGACUGUUGAUGGUGAUCUGAUACCAAGUACGUACAGAUCCUUGAAUCAUUUUGUCACGUUACCUAUUCAUUUGUUAGGAAUGAUUAGAAUCACGAUAUAUCAUAAAAGAAAAACUCCAAAAACCAUUUUUUUACCAUACUUUCCGGGCUUUAGAGCCUACCGGUUUUUGAAGAAAUAAAUAUAUUUACAUAUAUUAGCCGCACCGGGCCAAGAGCGGGAGAUACAUGCCGGUACAAAAUAUUUUGUAAUUGUUUAUUUACAUACCUUAAUGUCUGUAACAUGGCAGUAA